UUGAGAGAAGGGAAUAAUUAUUCUUUUCUUUGUGGCAAUUUGUUAACUUUGAUUUUUAUUGUUUUAUUCCUAUCGUUUAUUAAUUAUUCAUGACCUCAAGUAUGUAGCAUAUGUACGAAAUUUCAAUUGAGUUAUCAGAAUUCCAUGUGAGUUUCUCAAAUAAUGACCAAAUCAAUUUUUGAUUUAGGAAGGUUAUGAAUGAUAUAAAAUCGUAAUUUCAAAUUUCGUCCACCUUGAGUGAAUAAUAUGGCUUUCGUAAAGUGUGAACAGCAAAAAGUUGCCGAUGAGGAAACCUAUAGAACAUAUUUAGAAAAUUUGCAGAAAUCACAUCAAAUUGAUGCAGCAGAGUACCAGAACAACAUGACUAUGGAACAACUACAACUCGCCAUGCAGUCUUCACUGAACACCAGUUCAAUUGUUCACAACUUCCAACUGCCGCUGUCACCAAGACAAAUGUCAACGCUCAUGCUGAAAACAAACCACCUGAGCCGAGCGUUGAAUUUUAGUGAACUACCUUCACAUAUAUCUAAAAACUUAAUCAAUGAAGCUGAGUACUCGAUCAACGACCUAGCCCAAAACCAUCGGACUGAUGAUACAAGCACAAUUCCAAAUAACUUGAGAGGUUUGGGUUCGGAUCUUGCGUGUGCUGAUGACAGUUUGAAUAGAGGAUAUUCGCAUGGUAUUAACGAGGAUCUUAAUUUAAGGCACAUUGAACACGACGUGACCCAACAAGUAUUACGUCAUAGUCCAUUGCAGUAUGAAAUUCAUUCUUUGAAGCACGAGAUAGAGAUGUCGCAGAGAUUUGAGCAGAAUUUAGCCUCGCGGAUUGACCAACAGAUGGUGCUGGAUCGUAAAGAGCAUCAGAGAAUUGAGCAAAGGAUCGAUCAGAUAUUGGCACAACAUUUUGAACAGACUUUGAGCCAACGUUUGGAUCAGAGAGUAGUUAAUACGGUUAGUGAUAAUCAACAUAUAGUGGAUGAAAGUGACCAUUCGUUGCUUUAUAUAAAACCUGAGCAGGAAGAUGAUGCGUAUGUGUUUUACGACAAUGUGCCGGAAAAUUUGCCAACAAACGCAUUAAACGAAAUUAUACAACAAACGGCUUCAGUCCAGUCGGCCUCAACAAAUCUACCGCAAGAGCAGUUAUAUCCAGGGUUCGGUAACCAUAUACCAAUACCAGCUCUAAACUCGUUGGAACUAUAUCCCAGAACCCAGAACUACUUCCAUAAUUAUGUACCUGGCAGUUCGAAAGAAAACCCUCAAAACCUGGUUGUACAUAAAGAGUAUGAUAAUGCUAGUCCAUUUGAUGAUGAAUUUAAAAAGAACCGCCAAAUGAUAGAUAACAAAAAUGAUUUGUUGAAGCAAGAAGAGCCAAAAGAAAAUUUGAGGCCAAAUGAGCAAAACAGGAUAUUUUAUUACCAAAAUUAUAUUGAGAAAAAUGAAAAUGAUUCAAAUGUAAAUAAUAAAUUGUCAGAUGAUUUGAGUUUGAGCAUAAAAGGUGAAUACAGAUGUUAUAAGUGUAAAGAAGUAUUUCCAUCGAAGAGAGUGCUCAAGCAGCACUCGAAAUCGUGUGAAAUUGGUGUAGAUAGUAACGAAUUGGAGAAAUUAGGAAAGUUUAGUUGUUCGCAGUGUGCAUACAGGUGUCAAUCACCAGCCAUACUAAAGAUACAUGAGAGAACACAUACAGGAGAAAAGCCAUAUGCAUGCACAUUUUGUGAUUAUAAAUCUGGUCAGAAGAAUAAUGUAGCAAAGCAUAUACUAGUGCAUAUGAAGCAGAAACCGUACAGCUGCAAGUUCUGUGAAUACAGCUGUGCACAGAAGAACAAUUUGGUGGUACAUGAACGGACUCAUACUGGUUAUAAACCAUUUGCAUGUCCAUUUUGUGAGUACAGAACUGUGCAGAAGCCAAAUUUGGUGAAGCAUAUGUAUUUACACACAGAUCAAAAGCCGUUCAGCUGUGAUAUGUGUAGUUAUCGCUGUGUACAGAAGACUAAUCUUACCAAACAUAAGCAGCGGCAUUUGAAUGAGAAGGAAGGGGAGAAAAUGGAUGUUAAAGGACAGAAUAAGCCGUAUCGGCCAAGACAGAAGUCUGUCAAAUGUCCAUACUGUUCGUAUAAGUGUGUGCAAAAGUCUAGCUUAGAGAAACAUUUGCAGUAUAUUCACAGUGAUGUGGGUAAAAUGGAGGAUGGUGCAGAGAGUCCGAAGAAAAAUGAAGCAAGUAAUAUAAUACAGAAUUUAAGUGUCAAAAGAGAUUCCCAGUUUGAGUGUGCUAGUAGAAUUGUUGAAACAUUGCCGGUUCAACCGUAGGUUUAUUUGUGAAUCGUUUUUUAAGAUUUUUUGAUAGGUUAAGGCUUUCUAGUUCCAAUAUGUUUGUGUUUUUAAGUACAACUGUGUAUGAUUUUUUAUAGGUGCUUUUCUUAUGUAUCUGUACAUUAUAAAUUGUGUGAAUCAGAUAUAUAAAAUGUUGUAGGGCUUGGAAUGCAGUUGUAUUUAAUUCAAAUCUCUCAGUGAUUCUAUCAUAAUCCGUUAGCUUAAGGGCUAUAUUUUGCUGGGACACCAUUGUCCCAGUCACAAGUCGUAACCAACCAAACUAGACAGCAAACAGACACCAGAGUCAUAACGCGUCCUAGUCGGUUAGGCCACCAUAUUGAUUGCGCAAUCAUGUGAGUAACUCUAUAGAGCUGUAUAUAUUUCGUUGGCAGAGGCGACUGGUUGCGCCACCGUGGUGUCCCUGUGAAAUUCAGUCCUAACUCUCGCAGACUGAGUUUUGAAAUUAUGUUUGAAUACUCAUACAUAAAAUGUUUAGUUAAUAAGAUAAUAAUAUAACAUAAAAUGAAAUGUGGCGUCUAAAAUGAACAAUACCGCAAAUCCUAGUCACAGUAAACAAACGGAAAUCUAAAAAAGAAACAUUUUUGAAUGUCAGUAUUUAUAGGACUACCCUCAUUUCGAAACUCAGGCGAGAAAAACUUUCAUUGAUAAUAAGUUUAGAUUUGUUUUAGGUGAGGAACACAUAUUUGAAAAUCAAGAAGGAAUAAUGUUCAAACAUUUUAUAAUUUUUAUAAUUUUUGAUGUUUUUCUAUCAUUUUUAAACAGCAGCUGUGAAAUAUUUUACGUAUUUAGUCUUCAAGAUUUUUUUUAUCACUUCAUCUUCAGGGUUUUAAAGCGAAUUCCUCUGAGUUGCAAGGUUGUAGACAAAUUGUAAUGCGGGACAAUCAUACUAAAUAUAGUGAAAAAAAGUGUUUAAUAAGUAGUGUAGCACUAGACAGCUUAUAGCACUGAUUUAAACAGACAAUGCUAUUGAUAGGGGGCCAUCCAUCAUUAAUUACGUCACACGAAUUUAAUUAUUUUUGACCCGCCCUUAUCACAGACCACCACUUUUGUGAGACAACCAACUCCCCCCCUCCCCCUCCCUCACCUAAUGAAAAUUUUUUUUCUUACCCUAUAAAUUCUCAUGAAAGUUUUAAUAAUACUAGUACAUUUUGUUUUAUCAGUAUUAGCUGCACUAUAUGGUUUUAAGCGUAUGGGAUGUGAAAGAAUUAAUAUUACGUGAAGAUCAUAAGACGAAAAUAUUUUUGCCUACCCGCAUUAUUUCAGAUUAUUUAGUCGCGUUACGCAUACUACGCGUAUACUGCGACUCUGUCAUAAAAUAAUAAAUAUUAUAAUUAAUUUGUAGGAGUGUAAUGAAUGUCUGAAGUUUCUGUGUUUUAGUGAAAUGCCUGAUUGUGUUAUGUUUUAAUACGUACAUAUAUAAAUAAAAUAUUGAAAUACUUGUUUUGUGGAGUAUAUACAUAUGAUAAAUUACAUAUACUUACUAAAAUAAUGUGUUUGCGAUACAGUUUGAUAUCAUUUACGGUAAAUAUAACUUAAAUUACAUUUUUGAGGUGACAACUUCUAUAGCAGCGUUGAGAACUUUUCUUGGGAUGGGAAUAAAAUGUUAAAGUCGCGUCAAGACAAAUGACCUCAUCGAAAAUUCGAUCGACAGUCGUUGAAAUUAUGGGUGAAAGUACAUUUUUCUGGGAGAUAAACUUUUAAUUUAUUUAUAUUAAUUAAUUAAUUUUUUCAAUAAUUAAUAUAAAUUGUUAUUUUUGUGUACGAUAGCACAAUAAAUGAAUAUUGAAUUUAACUACAUAAAUGCGAAAUUAUUACAAAUAAUUCAAAAAUGCACAACGCUGAUUUUCAAGUUUUCACUUCUGCCGGCACUCCUGGAGUGCAACCCAAGUGCAAUGCAAGUUUUUUUGUUCAUUUAACAAGUGUUUCAUAAGUUAAAAUUCACAAAACAGCAGAAGUAAGAAACAACGUUGUAUCAGAAUUUGGCAACAAAACAAAUUAAACCUUAUAGUAAUGCUGAUAGAGUUACAACUAUAUGUAUGUUAUUAUUUAGUUGUAGUAAUUUACUAUUGCUGUGAAUAAGCGAAUUAAAAGUUUCUUUAAACUCCAGCCAUUUAUAGUAGGUACCAUUAAAGUUUGAUAUUUUAAUAACAGGUAACUUAAAUCCCAUAAACCCCUGACCAUAACAUGAAAUGUGGUCUGUUUAAUUAGACUCGUUAGGAGUGGAUGGUGAAUGAUUCAAUCUUAUAUAGUUUUUGCAAGGGCUAUAUAGUGAUCAAAAUCCUGUUCAAUAGUUGAACAUAACGCUAACUCUAAUUCUAUGGAGGGGACCUGUAAUGACUCGAAUUGUGCCUGCAACUCGUCGAGGUCUUUAAAUAAUUGCUCAGAUGAUCUGAGUUAGAUCUAGAUAAUUUCAUCUCAAUUUUUCUUAUCGUGUGCAAGUAUUUGAAGUAGAAUAGAGUUAAUGAAUGAAGGCUGUAUUUGACAGUUAGAUGAAGGAUGAAGUCAUAUUUGAGUUAUGUGAUUGGUUGUGGUGUAUGGAUCGAUGUAAUAUAAAAUAAUAAAAAUUUAAUACAUUCGACGAUAUAAAAUCUGGCGUCGACAAUUAUGUAGUUUAAAUUUAGUGAUGUAAUACUUACACAUAAAAUAUUAUAUUUUCAAAAAAAAUUUUGUGAUGUCACAAAUAUUGGUACCCCUCCCCCUUGUCACACAGUGUCACCAUUCAAUGAUCCCCACCCCCUUAACGUGUGACGUAAUUUAUGGAUAGCGUCUAGGCAAGAUCAUCGUUCUUCAUCGUUGCGAUCCCAACAUUCACCAUGUUUAACCCAACUGUACAGCAACCCAGACCUUACAUUAGUGUGGCUUCUUCUUUGACUUAGUGUGGGCGCAUACAAUACGAUAAUUCGAAUCAUAAUGAAAUUUGUUAUUCAAGUCAACGUUUUUUUUAUGACAAAAAGAACGAGUCGAGCAGAACAUUCAGCCGAUGGUAAUUAAUACGCCCUGCCGGUUACAAUGUAGAUCAGUAUUCUUGAAGAACCCAAAAAAUCUGAUGGGUACUACAAUUGCGCUCGUCUCUUUGAGACAAGAUAUUGUCAAGUCUCGUUUGCCCCGGAAUUUCAUUAGUUACAGCGCCCUUCAGACCGAAACAUAAUAAUUAAUAAUGCUUAGGUACAUAUCACUGCUUCACGGCAGAAAUAAGCGCAGUUGUGGUACCCAUAAUGUAGCCGGCAUCCUGUGCAAAGGAGCCUCCCACUGGUACGUUAUUAUACUAACGUAAUAACAAUAGAAAUAAAAAGAGGAUUAUGAAUUUGCUUCACUUGAACGAAAUGUGUAAGUCCUCGGAACCUUUUGGUCGCAAGAAUAUUUUACGCAUAAGCGUUAAUUAAUAGUGUCCCUUGAGACAACAAAUAACUGUUUAAGUGCUACAGCGAACUUUGGUGUAAACUUUCAACAAAACCGAGAAAGGCAUUGCUUUGGAUAGCUUUUCUAUAUGUUAAUAAUAAACCAUAACUUUAACAAUUAAGAUGAAAAAAGUUGUUAUUAUUGACUGCUUACGCUGUAAAGAUGCACAAAAGUAAGAGAUGACUCAAUUGUAGACAUAUACUUUAUAAUUUAGCCACAACUUUCAUUUCUGUAUUAUUUGUUCACAAAAAAUAAUCUUUGUGUCUUUCAAUACCCUAAUGGUGUUCCCACACUACUGUUAUUAAAUGUUUACUAACAUUACCUAACAUGAAAACGUUUUAUAACAUUACAGUCAAAUUUUCGUAAAUAUAUUUUAACAGCGGUGUGGGAGCACCAUUACAAUUUAAUUCUGGGUUUAAUGAUCAUUAUUUAUACAUAUAUAUAUUGCUUUAUAUUUAAUGACUGUUCCAAAGUAUUUUUUUAAUGGUUCUUAAAUAUUGUGUGCAUACACAAUAAUUAAUAAGUGUCGUUCAAAAUUUCUUAAAAUCAGAUGUUAAUAAAUUGUCAAUGUGGUUUUGAUAAAAUAUCAUCACAGAACAAGUACCGUCGUACGAGCCUUAAUCUAAUAUUUUCAGUCGUAUUCACCCCGUUGUAUGUUUGUGGUACAAUGAGAUUUGGUGUGUGUUUAUAAAAAUCACAAUAUCACUCUCCUAGUGUUAUUUUAAGUUUAAAUUUGUAUGAUUUUGAAUAAAAGGCCGCUUACCAAAGUA